AUGGCAUCCGAACAACCUGCUGGCGGUUCUCUUGCCGACCGCAUCUCCAAGCCGGAGGAAUCCAUGCCUACCGGUACAAGCCUUCCCCAAACCCCCGAACAGACUGCUGAACCGGUCGCCCAGAAUGAUCAGACCGAUGGCGCCCCCGCUGUCCUGGGUGGUUCUGAACUCCAUGAGCCUGACUACACGGUCGAAGUCAAGCUCAGCGACCUCCAAGCCGAUCCGAACAACCCCCUGUUUUCUGUGAAGAACUUUGAAGAUCUUGGCCUGGAUCCUCGCAUUCUCCAGGGAUUGUCGGCCAUGAACUUCCGCAAACCCUCCAAGAUCCAAGAGAGAGCCCUCCCGCUGCUACUCGGCAACCCCGCCAAGAACCUGGUUGGUCAGUCCCAGUCUGGUACUGGAAAGACGGCUGCCUUCGUCCUGAACGUCCUCAAUCGCUUGGACCUUUCGUCAGAGCAGGCGCAAAAGACUCCCCAGGCUUUGAUCCUGGCCCCCACACGAGAGUUGGCUCGCCAGAUUGUCGGUGUGAUCCAGGUCAUGGGUCAGUUCCUUGACGGGCUCGCUAUUGGCACCGCCGUGCCGGCAGACACCAACUCCCGUCACGCCAAGAUGGAGUGCUCCGUUGUUGUUGGUACACCCGGCACCGUCAUGGAUCUGAUCAAGAGGCGUAUCAUGAUUGCCGCCAAGCUUCGGGUGCUGGUCCUUGACGAAGCCGAUAACAUGCUCGACCAGCAGGGUCUGGGCGACCAGUGUAUCCGUGUUAAGGGUUUGCUCCCCAAGGAUAUCCAGGUGGUGCUCUUUUCGGCCACAUUCCCCGCUCAUGUUCACGAAUACGCCACGAAAUUCGCCGCUAACGCCAACGAAAUCACCCUCCAGCAUGAGGAGUUGACCGUGGAAGGUAUCAAACAACUCUACCUUGACUGUUCCGAUGGGGAGGACAAGUACCAGACCCUGGUUCAACUCUACGGUCUGCUUACCGUCGGCUCGUCCAUCAUUUUCGUUCGGACCCGUAAAUCCGCCGAGGAGAUCGAGAAACGCAUGGUUGCCGAGGGUCACACUGUCGCCUCCCUGACCGGUGGUGUCGAGGGUUCGCAGCGUGAUGCGAUCAUUGACCAGUUCCGCGUCGGACAGGCGAAGGUCCUGAUCACGACCAACGUUCUUGCUCGAGGUAUUGACGUCUCCACCGUGUCCAUGGUCAUUAACUACGAUAUCCCUGAGCUCCACCAGCCCGGUGCCCGUCAACGCCAGGCCGAUUUUCAGACGUACCUGCACCGUAUCGGUCGUACUGGACGUUUCGGUCGCGUCGGUGUCUCCAUUUCCUUUGUCUCCAACCGGGAAGAGUGGGAGAUGCUCAACCAGAUUCAGAAAUAUUUCAACACCAGCAUCCAGCGGGUCGAUACCAAGGACUGGGACGAGGUGGAGGAAAUUAUCAAGAAGACGAUCAAGAGCUCGCGUGCCCAGAUCGGCUUCCGUUAAACGACGUGCCCGAAAACCCGAUGUGAUGCCUGUGUCCGUUGACCAUCUCGUCCGCAACCAAGAUGUCUCGCAAGGACGCCGACUAUGCAGAAGUCAAUGCACUGAUGAUGAGACCACGGAGAGGCGGAUUUAUAUGUUGCUCAACAAUUGCUUGGAGCAGAUUGGUUUAAGACAUGGCUGCAAUGUGGUUUACGUAUGAAGAGUUACGAGAAUUUCUUUGCUGUUAAAAUGAAAGUCAGAUUAAUAGAUACCAGUUGAUUACUUCG